AGUAGUCAAAGGUGUCAACCUCGCCGGCGUCGUGCGGCAGUUUCCGCCGGAAUGCGCGCUCGUCGGCAUCCAUCCCCCAAAUAAAUAGCCGCCUCUCUUUCUCUGUCCUAUCCACUAGACCACCUUGCACCAGGAUAGGAAGGGAAGGGAGCGAUGGCGAUAGGAGCGUUCGUGGAGGAGCUGCCUGGCGGCGCCGGGGGCGGGGGUUACAGCGGCCGGGUGACGCCGUUCGUGGUGCUCACCUGCGUCGUCGCCGGCAGCGGCGGCAUCCUCUUCGGCUACGACCUCGGCAUCUCCGGUGGUGUCACCUCAAUGGACUCAUUUCUCAAGAGGUUCUUCCCGGAGGUAUACCGCCACAAGGAGGACAGCAAGGUCAGCCAGUACUGCCAGUUCAACAGUGAGCUCCUCACCGUGUUCACCUCCUCACUCUACAUUGCCGGCCUUGUCGCCACACUGAUCGCAUCAUCUGUGACGAGGAGGUUUGGCCGCAGGGCAUCCAUGCUCAUUGGCGGCACCGUCUUCAUUGCCGGCUCAGUGUUCGGAGGUGCAGCCGUCAACGUGCCCAUGCUGCUCCUCAACCGGAUCCUGCUUGGGAUAGGCCUGGGGUUCACUAACCAGUCAAUCCCAUUGUACCUGUCAGAAAUGGCACCACCGCAGUACCGCGGUGCGAUCAACAAUGGAUUCGAGCUCAGCAUCAGCAUCGGCAUUCUCAUUGCAAACAUCCUUAACUACUGUGUGGUGAAAAUCACAGCAGGGUGGGGCUGGAGGAUAUCCCUAUCCAUGGCCGCAGUCCCUGCUCUCUUCCUGACCAUCGGCGCAAUCUUCCUCCCUGAGACGCCAAGCUUCAUAAUUCAGCGUGACGGCAACACCGAUAAGGCGAGAGCCCUGCUCGAAAAGCUGCGUGGAACCACCUCAGUGCAGAAUGAGCUGGAUGACCUGGUCUCUGCUAGCAACCUCUCAAGAGCAAUGAGAUACCCAUUCAGAAACAUAUUCAAGAGGAAGUACAGGCCGCAGCUUGCCAUGGUGCUUUUGAUCCCUUUCUUCAACCAGCUCACCGGGAUCAAUGUGAUAAACUUCUAUGCCCCCGUGAUGUUCCGGACAAUCGGCCUCAAAGAGAGUGCGUCCCUCCUGUCCUCAGUUGCCACACGUCUCUGCGCGACGUUUGCUAACAUCGUAGCGAUGAUGGUGGUCGACAGGUUCGGGCGCAGGAAGCUCUUCCUCGUAGGCGGCAUCCAGAUGAUCCUGUCACAGGUUGCUGUUGGCGCCAUCCUAGCUGCAAAGUUCAAGGACUAUGGGUUGAUGGAUAAGGAGUAUGCUUACCUUGUGUUGACCACCAUGUGUGUGUUUGUUGCUGGAUUUGCAUGGUCAUGGGGACCUCUCACAUUCCUCGUUCCUACUGAGAUCUGCCCCUUGGAGAUCAGAUCAGCAGGGCAGAGCAUUGUGGUUGCUGUGGUCUUCUUGAUGACAUUUGUGAUCGGCCAGACAUUCCUCGCGGUUCUCUGCCACAUCAAGUCAGGGACCUUCUUCGUCUUCGCUGCAUGGAUAUGUGUGAUGACGCUGCUGAUUUACAUGUUCCUGCCAGAGACAAAGAAGCUUCCCAUGGAGCAGAUGGAGCAGGUCUGGAGGAGCCAUUGGUUCUGGAAGAAGAUUGUUGGGGAGGUAGAGGAUAAGGAAAAUGAAAAGGAGCAGCAAGCAGGGAAAAUCGCCUUGCCGAGCUAGGAGCUUCUAGCGCUUUCUGAAUUUGAAUGCACUUCAUGAAUCUGCAAGGAAAAACGUAGAAUGAGAUUUUAGUUAGCAGCUAAGAUUUUAAAUGUAAUUGCAUCUAACUGUGUUACCUGACAGCCCUCUGCAGUUGUUGUUGCCAGUUCCUACGUAUGGCCAUUUCAA